CGGCACACAGCACGGACAAACCCUCUCACCUCCAUCCAAGCAGGGAAAAGAAGACAGACAAGCUGUGGGUUGGGUGCCUGGCAACGACAUUCACACACACACACACACACACACCCUCCACCAUGCUGCUGUUGGCUGUGAUGUUGAUGCUGGCAGCCAGGCUAGGGGAGACCUAUCCCCUUGGGUCCCUCAGAUAUACCGCAUACACUGAAGAUGAGGGCCCAGAGCAGGCAGCCAUGAGGGUCCUGAGGGAGAUGAACAGGGCAUCUACCUCAGCGCCACCCCCCUCAGGCCUCUCCGCCUCCCUACCCCUGGUCCUCACCAAUCCGCUGCUGAGGGUGGACCUCCCCAGGGGGCCACAGUGGUGGUACCCGCAGAUGCCACACCCCCAGUCUAAGAAACGGCAGAACCUCUCAUCAUAUAACUGGAACUCUUUUGGUCUACGUUACGGGAAAUGA